AAUAGUUUACUACACUAAUAAUGUUACCAUCAAUGCAUGUAGUCAGAUUUUUCUAUAAAGGUUAUUUUGUAUCGUUGAGUUUGCAGCCCAUUGAUUAAUAAAGCUUCAGACUUUUCUAGUGGGCGGAUUCCCGCGCUUUACUCUUACGUCAACGCCACGCCACGAGCAGACCUAAGCUAAAUACGGAUACCGAUGGGAUCUAAGUGGAAUAACGUCUUUAAUCCGUUGACCGCACGAUGAAGACUGCAGCCACAUUAUGUUAAUGUAUUUUGUAGAUCAUAAGUGAAAAUUUACUUAAUAUAGAUCCCGCUGUCCACGUUGUCAUGCUAAGUGUGACUAGCUUGCUAAGUGAACUAGCAUAGCUGGCUAGCUUAAACUACAGUUUGUGUGUUCCCAAACAAUGUGGAUAUUCUGAAACCAUGUAAAAAUAUGCGGCUUUUAACUUACCAAACGUGGCUGUACACCUCUACGCAGUGAUGUGACACGGAAACAUUCCUCUCAUCCUCUCUCCUCCACGUAGACAUCACCAUGCCCUUGGAGGAGGGAGCACAGUCCUCUGCUAAAAAAGCAGAGAGACGUGACAUGUCCGGCAGGACUAGUAGAGGAGAAGAGCCCGUUGCUGGUCCUUCCAGCUCCCAACGACAGGGUUACUGCAGCUGCUGUCAAGUUCUUUACAAUAGUGUGGAACAGCACAUCUUGAGUUCCCAACAUAGAGAAGUGGUACGAGCUGCUAGAGCUAAUGUAUCUUCUGGAGGUUUGUUAGAGAGAUUCCUCCAGGACGUGCUUCAGUAUCAUCCUCAUUGCUAUAGUGAUACACGGCCUACCCAUGCUGAUCUACCUUUGCUAACCACCCCACUCAUCCCAAAGGAGGUGCUCUCAGAGGUGUACUGUGGAUCAGAUGAUGAUUGUGUCUCUAUUGGGACACGUGAGGAGAUGCCUACCUCUGAUGAAGAGUCUUGUGAAAUGCUGCAAAUUGCAGCCUCAACUCGAGCAGUGAUAACUGACCUUACUGCAUCUACACAUGUACAAGCCCCUUCCCAAAAAGGAAAAAUGGUGCCUGAACCACCUCCCCCUGAAAAGUACUCUCCCACACAGGGUUUUUUGCACAGGACUAGUAGCAGCUCUGCCAAUGACCACCCCAAUACAUCACAAUUGACACUAACUGUUCAGAGACAGAUUUUACAAACAAACCCCCCUGGACAUCCCUGUGCUUCAGAUGGUCCACGAGUCACCAAGACUGGAGCUGUUGAACACAGGAAAGCGCACAAGAAGACCAAUAGGGAUAAAGAGGGGAGCGACUCCAUUACAGCUUCCCGUGCCCCACCAGCUGCAAAGUGCAUUACCUCGAAGGACCAGCCUUCAACCUUUCGAUUAGUGGCUGAAGAGUCCACAAUGUGGACUUCAGCACUGCCACCUUGGAAAGGCCCCCAUAGGGAACAGACAUUCAGUCAUCUAUCUGAUGAGAUUCGAGAUGUGAUAGAGGACGUUAUUGAAAAAUACUGUUAUGGCCACAGUCUCAAUGUCGAUCAGCAGGAGGAUGGUAGCUUCGUUCUGAGUCCUCAGUCUAUGAGUCAAUCCAAAGGCAGUGAAGAAUGGGACAAUGCAAUACAGAUGGCGUUGGGAAAGACAAGGGCUGAAGAAAAAAAUUUAGCAGAGUUACUGGAAGUGCAUAUAAAUCUUGAAGACCAAGGAUACCAGACUCAGCUGGACACAGCCCUGAACACUGUGGGAAUGCCUGAGGAAAACAAGGAGAGUUCUGCUGAGAAGGUGUUUCCUGAUCUUCCCCACAUACCACAGUCUUUUGUUGGCAAAACAUUGACACAGGUGAUGUUUGAAGAUGACGUGAAGAUAGACUCCAUAGUAAAAGAAUUCCAACAAGGCCAGUUCCGUUGCUAUUUUGACAGCGAAUCAUUAGCUAGGUUUGGGAAGCACAGUAAAAAAAGGAGAAAGAAAAAGAAGCAGGACAAUAAAGAGGAGGCAGAUAACGCUGGGUGGGAGCCUACAGACAUCUUGCCAUUCAUGGAUCACAAUGAAGAAGACCCCAAACAAUCUGCUAUUUUGAAGAAGUCUAGGCAAAGAAUUUACAGACUUGCAUCACGUUGCCAAGUUGUAAAGGUAAGCCACAGCACACAGACCAUCCCUCUUAGCUGCCCUGUGGUGCGGCGAAAAUCGUCACAAGAAACAUUCCCCUCAACACACAGUGAAGAGCCCCAGCAGUGCCCCAGCCCUGAAAGGACCCCUGACAUGAAGACCAGACUAUGUGCUUUGAAGCUUCCAGCUUCUUACUUCAAGAUAAUGAGUCCUCUACAGCCCAAAACUGUUGUCUAUGUGCUUUCUUCCCCAGACGGGGGUCAAGGAAUCUCCAAGCCUACCCCUAUUAAGAAAGCAGGUAGAAAACGGAAGUCAUGUGAUAGCGAUGUUGGCCUGAAGUACAAAUACAAAAAGACACCUCUUAAGUUCUAUGACCCUUUGACCAAUAGGAUCUUAAAGAGUCCACCAAAAGGCAUGUCUUCACCCUCUAAUUCCAAGUCUCUUUCACACGUCCGACAGCUAUUCCGUAGCCUUAGUCCGGAUAUUAAUAAGGAGAGGCAGGGCUUGGGGCAGGGGCAGUCAUCAGGAGAUUCUCGGAAGGCCCGUGGUAGGAGCAGCAUGGUUGAUCUAUGUACCUCCACCUCAGACUCCAUUCUGGACAGCGGUGGCCCCUCAGAACCUGGUUCUUCUUUGUCUAGCAGCCGAAAAGCCUUAUUCACCCGCUCCUCUAUCUCAAGUAGCAGUUGUUUCCUCCUAGGACACCUCACGGCAUCUACCCAUGUGGAUGAUUCUUCCAAAGCACUUUCUCACUCUUGUGCGGGCAGUUCCUAUAAGGUUGGAGGACUGGAACAAGAUAAUCGCCGCCAACAAGCGGCAGUUGACCAAACACCAAUCAGACGUAGCUCACGGAGGGCUGGACCUCUGACUCCAGCCAAGAGACCACCAGUGCCCCCUUACAAGUCCAAAAGGAAGUCACCCAAGCCACAGCGCAAAGCAAAAUCACAAGGCAAUCUCCAGCAAACUGUUGGCUCCCGUAUAUCUGCAGAAUGUAGGACAUCUCCCAGAAACAAGAGCCCUGCUAGGUCCUCACUUAGAUCGUCGGCUUCCUCUAAACUGGCGAUUCAGCCGGUUAUUACAUCCUCUUCUAAACAAAUAAAUACAAUGCUCAGUGCCAGUCAGCAGAAGAGAGUGAGGGGGAGGACUUCCACUGUACAUAUAGCAGAAUGAGCGUUAUUAGACACCAGCCAUGAGCAUAAGCUGUCUUCUGUUCUUCAAAUGCUGUAUAGUUUUGCACAGUUGAAUUUCGGCUGACUGUUUCUAGUUGAAGUUCAUUUUUGUCUCUAUAUGUUUGUUUAUUUGUCAUAUGCAUUUUUUAACUUGUAAUGAGUAUAUUUUUUAAGUUUAUAAUGGGUAUUUUCUCAAAGGUUGAUGGUUGUAAAUUAAAUUUAUAAUGAAUAUUUUUGUCCUUGAUUGUGAUAUAUUCGAGCAUUUUUCACAAUGGGUUUUGGCAUAAUUAAACUGUAAAUAUAGCAAACCUUCAAAUGCAUAAAUUGCUCAAGUCAGCAAUGCACAGCCUACAAAAUUAGCUAAUGUGGUCUUUGGGAUUCCACCAUUCAUUCUCUCACAAACACACAAUAAAAAUGCCUUUUAGGCCUUUU